AUGCUGACCUCCUUCUCGUGGGUGCCGAAGGGUGCUAUGAAGCCCGUCCCACUCCACUCCACGGAGAGCCUGGAGGCGGUGCGGGCGAAGCUGCAGCGGCAGAACCCCGAAUACGUGACGGAGGAGGUGGUGGCGUCAGCAGGCGGAACUGAACCACUGGCGGGGGGCGAAGACUGCAGCAGCGAUGGCGAGAACGGUGACAAUGUGAACGCUAUGCAGUUUGGCGGCGGUGGCGGCGGCGACACCGUUUUGGAGCAGGUGGAGUCAGAUGACGAGGAGGAAGUAAACGACACGAACUUCAAAGAAACGGACGUUGUUUUUGUCGCGGCCUCCGCUGAUGAUUCUCAGCCAAGGCUGGAGCUCUACGUGUAUGAUGAACCGGAAGACAUCAUGUACGUUCACCACGACGUGGAGAUUGCCGCCUUCCCCCUUAGCACGGCAUGGCUUACGGACGGCACAAUGUCGCUUUGCGCCGUUGGGACGAUGCGCCCAUUUGUGGAGCUCUGGAGCCUUGACGUCAUUGACGCGGUGGAGCCGGUCUGCCUACUGGGCGGCUGUGUCAACUGGGAGGAUAACUACAGGAAAAAUAUUAAACCCCGCAUGCUGCAGGACGACUCGCACAAGGACGCUGUAAUUAGCGUCCGGUGGAACACAUGUGCGCAGCACAUCCUUGCCUCCGGCAGCGCCGACAGCAGCAUUAAGUUGUGGGACCUUAACACCUCCAAGUGUGUCGGAACGUACACGGAACCCGAUAAACUGCAAAGCCUUGACUGGCAUCGCGAGGAGGCAAACCUGUUGCUUUCAGGUGGCUUUGACGCGACAAUGGUCCUACGGGACUGUCGCUCCCCCAACCAGGCAGCGCUACGAUUUGGCACGAAUGGUGUCGUUGAGCACGUGGAGUUCGUUCCGCAUGGUGGCAGGAUUCUCUACGCCUCAACGAACACAGGCGAGUGGAUGGCGUUUGAGGCGCGCAUGAAUGCGCAGCCCCUGUGGAAGAUGCAGCUGCACGAGGCCGACACCACCUUUGCCGUCUCGCCGCACGUCGCCGGCCUGCUUGCCGCGGGAGGUAAGGACGGCAAUAUUAGUCUCUGGGAUGCGCGCGACACGGCUGGACCACCCAAGCAGAUUGUCUCACGGUCGUACCGCACAGGGGCGGUGCUGUCGAUGGCAUUCCAUCCGAAUUCUCCACAUAUUCUUGGCGCCUGUGGUAGCCGCGGCGAGCCGCUCGUGUACACCACUACCAGCGACAUACAAGACGUAUUUCGCCCGCAGUAG